CUCGCACCACGGAGCCACACAGCCCUCGGCCCGCACCGCGUCAGCACACGCGCCUCCCUCGCUCCUCGCUCGCUCCAGCUGCACCUCAGCCUCCGCGCUUCGCCCCUCCACUCUCUCGCGGCACCAGAACAGCAGCGGCACCAUGGGAAUCAAGGUGGUGGUGAUGCUCCUGGCUCUCACCCUUCUCCUGAGCGUUGUCAUGGCACAGCCUCUGCUCAACGAAGGCCAAGAAGGAGACAGCGGCCAACCUGACGUCGACUACACAACCGACCUUCUGGAGAGACUGCUCUCAAGAACUCAGAAGCAAGACGACCUGGCUGAGACCGCCCCCGUUAAGAGAUGGCGCUCCUGCAUCCGCCGCAUGGGAGCCUGCGACCACCGCCCCAACGACUGCUGCUACAACUCGUCCUGCCGCUGCAACCUCUGGGGGACCAACUGCAGGUGCCAGCGCAUGGGCCUCUUCCAGCAGUGGGGCAAAUAAGAAGCGAGAGAAAGAGAAAUAAAGGAAGAAAAACCUGAGUUGCCGGACGAAAGGUGGCGGACGCGUGGGACUGCGUGGCUCCACCUCAACCACCCCCCUCUCCUCUCCUCCUCUUUCUCCUUCUCCUUCUCCUUCUCCCUUCCCUCCCCUUCUCCCCGCCCUCACGGCCUCUCUCCCUGGCCUGACGUCUUCCGCUUCGCUUUGCCAGGUCCUUCCAUCGCUGCCGUUUCUCCCUCGGUGUCGUCCCUCUCCCGCUCCAAAAGGACCAAGACGAAAGGAAUGCAUAAGAUAUACCAAGGUUUCUCUUUCUGUGUUAAAUGUUCAACAUAUCCCGAAUGUAUAUAGUACAUAGUGUACUGAAGACUAUCAGAAUAAAAGAUUAUUAUAGAUAUACUAUGAAUAAAAGUGUACAAUUUACAUUGGAGAAAUCUUUUCCAUACUUAUAGUGUACAAACAUACACUUCAUGUAAAAGAACUUUUCAAGCAAUGUACAAUGUACAUUGAUUUACCAAAUACUAACAUGUAUGAUUUGAAUUACUCAACAAUAAAACAAACAACAUAAAAAGUCAUUCUGGGAUCUUACACCCUCCCAUUAUCAUUUAAAAUCAACAUUAUUAUCGUUAUUAUUGGUUUCUAAAAUCGAUUUGGCCAGUAAUCCGAAUCAUUAUUGUUUUUUAUCAAUAUUACCUUAAUUGUCUCACCUGUAGAGAGCUAGCAAUUAGACCUUGCUUCCAAUCUACGAACUUUCUCUCCUCCGAACCUUCCUCCUCCCCUACCUCACCCUUUAGAAAAGAAAUUGAAAUCAAACUGAGAGAGAAAGACCAAAAAAACUAAAAAAAAGAAAAUUUACUAAAGUUACCCCACCUUACGUUCUCUGUAAACGGGGCUGGUCGAGGUAGGCCUAGCGUCUCAAACACCGUCAUUUCGUUAGGUGUCACAUAUUUUAUGAUAGCCACUAAAUAUGUUAUACUUGCAUGUUCUUGGUUGUAUAUCGGAUAUAUGAGCUGUUCUCCGGUGUGGGUAUUCGUCUCUGGCCAAUGCCCUCCUCCAGCCACUAAAAUUAGCCAGUCACAAUACCCAUACCCCAAAGCCAGGCUCUAAUUGGGUAUACUCCAGCCACAUACCCGAAUUAGGUCCUGGCUUGACAUAGCUAUCUGUAUCUUUUGAAAGUGAACAGAGUUUUAAAAGAGAGUAAUUAUCGAGUCAUAUGCUAUAUAUAAUAAAGUGUCUAUGUGUAUGAA